AUGGACCAGGGAGGUCCAGGGUCCCUUCUCACGCUGGAUGCCCACAAGUCUAGGCGGAACGCGGGGAGCGAGGAGCGUGUUUCCCGCCCGGCACCGCCGCGCUCCUGCGGGUCCCACGCCCCCGCCCCGAGCCGUCGCAGUGAUGGCUCACCUUGUGUCGCCUGCCUUCUGAGUUCUCUGGAUCACAAACUGUCCCCCGAAGCGUUUGCGUUUUUUUUCCUGGCAUCUAAGCAGAGCCCCAUAGGUGCUCAGAGGUCUUGGGGUCCUCAGCAGGGACUACCUGCCGGUUACCAGGUGACAGGGGUGUUCAUGAAGAACUGGGACUCCCUGGACGAGCACGGUGUGUGUGCCGCCGACAGAGACUGCGAGGAUGCUUACAAAGUCUGCCGAGUCUUAGACAUCCCUUUCCAUCAGGUGUCCUACGUCAAGGAGUACUGGAACGAAGUGUUCAGCGAUUUUUUGAACGAGUAUGAGAAAGGCAGGACUCCCAACCCUGACAUAGUCUGCAAUAAGCACAUCAAAUUCAGCUGCUUCUUUCAUUACGCUGUGGACAACCUUGGAGCAGAUGCUGUUGCCACAGGCCACUAUGCAAGAACCUCGCUGGAAGAUGAAGAAGUCUUUCAGCAGAAGCACGUGAAGAAGCCGGAAGGGCUUUUCAGAAACCGAUUUGAAGUUAGAAAUUUGGUAAAACUUCUCCAAGCAGCUGACAGCUUUAAAGACCAGACCUUCUUUCUCAGCCAGGUUUCCCAGGAAGCCCUGAGAAGAACCAUCUUCCCUCUGGGAGGAUUAACGAAAGAUUUUGUAAAGAAAAUAGCUGCUGAGAAUGGACUCCAGCAUGUGCUUCAGAAGAAAGAGAGCAUGGGCAUCUGUUUCAUUGGUAAAAGGAAUUUUGAGCAUUUUAUCCUUCAGUAUUUGCAGCCUCGGCCUGGGAAGUUUAUUUCUAUCGAAGAUAAUACAGUUCUGGGAACACACAAAGGUUGGUUCCUGUAUACCCUGGGCCAGAGAGCGAAGAUCGGCGGCCUGAGCAAGCCCUGGUACGUGGUGGACAAGGACAGCACCAAAGGUGAUGUGUUCUUGGCCCCUGGGCCGGAACACCCUGCCCUGUACAGGGACCUGCUUCGGACCAACCGUGUGCACUGGAUCGCAGAGGAGCCACCAGCCGCCCUGGUCCGGGACAAGAUGAUGGAGUGCCACUUCCGCUUCCGCCACCAGAUGGCGAUAGUGCCCUGUGUCCUGACCCUCAACCAAGACGGCACUGUGUGGGUGACAGCUGUGAAGGCCGUGCGGGGCCUUGCCCUGGGACAGUUCGCCGUGUUCUACAAAGGGGACGAGUGCCUGGGCAGUGGGAAAAUCCUGCGUUUGGGGCCAUCAGCCUAUACACUCCAGAAGGGCAGGAGCAGAGCUACAGCAGUCCCCAAGGACUCUGAGGAUGGCCCAGGUGACAGCCCGGGCCUGUGUCCCACACCCUGAUGGGCCAUGCUGCCAGGAGAGGCCUGGAAAGCAAACUCAGGACUGGGCAGCCCAGGCAGUCGGCAGUGCUGGGCUUGGUGCCAUCUAAACCAGGGGAGCCAGUGGCCCUGGUGCCACCCCUCGAGGAGCCCUGCCUUCUCCACGUUGGGUGGCCCUGUCCCCCAGGCCUGUUUCUAGAGUCCUUCUCUCACACCACCCCAGGGAAGGUCCCUUGUGCGAGCACAGCACAGGACAUACAGAGGCUGUUUGGGCCAUGGGACAGCAUUGAAUAAAAAUUCAUUCUGUCUGGGAUGAGGAGUCUGACCACUGUGUCCGAGGCAGACCUGGCCAAGCCAUUCAGGCUCAUUUCGUUGCCAACACUCUGGCAGUAUGGACAGCUGGGUAGAUGGCAUGGGUACCCCCGCUGCUUUUCCUUUUGUUCACACUUCUGAGGGUGACUCCGGUUGGACAGAAAUGUGACUAGAAUUCUGGAAGAAACCCAUCUCCCAGAUAAAGUGACGGAGGGUUCAGCCUGACUGCCACCUUGACUGGCUUGCGAGUUGCUUAGGCAUUUUGUCUAGCACACUUGUGGGUGUGUGCUGGUGGGGCAGAGCUACGACCCUGGGCUCUAUAACUGCGUUCCACUCUAGUGUUCUUUCCAGCUGCUCUGCUUCGCAGCCACAUGAGCGGAGCAGCUCUGUUCUUCCACACGCCUCACGAUGAUGCUCCUGCCUUAGAGCCAACCAUGGCCAAAUUAAACCUCUCCAAGUUUUGGCCAUCAGGUAAUCCGACCCAGCAGCGGGGAAGCUGCCCGAGACAGGAGCCAAGAAAAAGGAGCCCGGAAGUUAGGGCGUGAGGGGAACCCCAGGGAGGUAAGGACUGAUGAAGUGGUCAAGACCUCGGCAGUGGGGCUGGCACUGGAAUCCACUGUUUCCCAGGGAGCCAGAACUAGGGGUCAGAACAUAACUGGGUCACACGCUGCUGAAACAAAGUGAUGUUAAAAUGAGGCUUUUCACCUGCCCGGGCUCACUCCACAUACAGAAACCCCAGGAAAGCGCCCAGAGACAGCAGACAGGUUUUGAGCACAAGAUGACCCAGAUGCUCAAAUAACCAAAGAUAGAACAGCCGCCACAUCAUCCCCCAGUGAAACAGUGGCAGCUGCAAGGCCCCAUCAGGGAAAUCGGGACUAGGAAGUGAGCCGCUCAAGUUUUAAGACUGAAAAUGACAGUACUUGAAACUGUACAGUACCGGACACGCGUAGUAGCAGAACGGAGAUGAGAAAAGCAAAAGUGAACCUGAAGAUCAAUUGCUGCAAACUCAAAUCUGAGUGGAGAGCGGAGAUGCGCAGAACUGGGGUGCGGUGGGAAGGAACCCAGGGGUCUGCUUCUGACCCGGGGUCCGGAGCGGAGAGGGAGUGGAACGAGGAAACCGGACGCUGGCUGAGCCUGCCCAGUGUGACGGGCACAAUUCCCGCAGCGCGGGCCGCCCUGCGCCAGUCUGCCCACCGUGUGGCGGGCCAGAGGACAAGGCGCGAGUCAGUGUCUGGGUCCGGCCACACCCCGGGAAUCGCCGGCCUACCUGGGACGGUCUGAGCGGGGUGGAGACGGAAAUAGCAAGCGGGGGUACAAACUCAAAACGCUUAAUUUAUUGUAGAUUC